AUGGCCGAAGCGGAUCUAGCCAAGACUAGAACACGGUUAAGGGUCCUUAUCUUGUACGGGAGUUUACGUAAGCGGUCUUAUUCUAAACUCAUAGCCUUCGAGGCUGCCUGUAUCCUGUACCGCCUAGGCUGCGAUGUGCGGAUUUUUAACCCGUCCUCGCUCCCGAUCCGCGACUCGGUCGAGGCGUUACACCCCUCGGUCUAA